AUAAUGAAAAUGUACCUUGGUCUCACAUUGCUUUUUGUUCCAAACUCAGGUAAAAGGAGCAGUUCUGAAGUGGCUGAACCAGUAUUUCAGCAGCCUGAGCCAACACCUUAUGAUAGUGCUCAAGAACUUAAUGCACUGCAAGACCUUCUCAGGGACAUUCCUCCACAAGAGAAGGGCACUGUGCCACUAAGCUGGGCUGAACGGCAAGCUCAAAGCUCAGAGAAGUGGAAUGCUUCUAGAUCAGCCAUGGUUAAAAACAUAUUUCUCGCAGAGCACACAGACACCUAUAUCUGUGACAUCUGCCUGCAAAACACAUCUGUUGUGAGGUGCAGAGAUUGUUUGCCAAGACAGUUCCUGUGCAGUUCCUGCGAUACACAGAUACAUCAGCACAUCCUCCAUAACCGAGAAGCCAUGUUUGAGGGAUUCUAUCAACCCUUAGCCCCAAACAUGAUCAUUCAACUUCAAAAUGAUGGGUCACACCAGAUAAAGCAUGAAGUUCGACUGUUGCCGGUUCGUCUACCUCAACAGUGUACCUGUUCUCACAGUCAGCUAAAGCUGACCUGUGGCAAAGAGGUCAUCCUUGUUGGAAUUAAUGGACGGUACCAACUAAAUUUGCCAACAUUGAGCUGUUCUCAGUGCAUGAAAAGCUGGACCACUGGACUUGAUGAACUAGUACAAUGUGGAUAUUGGCCUGCUACCAUCAACCACCAGACCAUCUUCCAUGUAGACCUGUUCCAGUCUUUCCAGGAUCUGAAGCAGCUGGCUCCUGGGCUUUCUCGUCAAGCAUUUAUUGGAAUGCUUGAUGAAAGAACAAAGUAUUUUGGCAGAACCGGAAAAAUAUGUGGUGACACAUUCCAGCGGUCAUUUCUGGAGUGGUGCUACGCGCAGCAUGAGGUGGACAAACUGUUGGAAGUUGAGCCCUUCCGGUGUACAGCAUGUUCACCACAAAUGCAUGCUGUAUCAGUGGAUGGAAAUAGAAAAUUAUACCGAUUUAAGAAUGCAUCAGGAAGUGCCACAAAGGGACUUUUUGAUGGCACCUUCCUGGCCAGAGAUGAGGAGGUGUCAAGUUUUGUUGCUCAAAUCCAGCAGGCAACCAAACAUACUCCUGGGAAAGGAAUGUGCGGAUCAUCACAAUGGACAGCUGCAAAAGAGCAUUCUGGGAAAUCUGCCUCAAAAAUUGAUGAGGAGGGGCUGGAAAUCGCUGUGUGCCGGCAUGGGGUGCUUUUGAGAGCACUGAAUAUGUUCAGAGGGGAGAUUUAUGCUUACCCUCUGUAUCUGCAGAAGGAACUGUCCCCCUCAAAUGUUUCCUUUUUCUGUUCAGAUGUGGCAUGCAAGUAUUAUCCGUAUUUGGAAAAGGUCUCCAAUAAGUGCUCUGAACUGCAGGGACUAUUGGAGAUGCAUCCACUUCUUUCAGUGAUGCAUGCCAAAGCACACUCCUGGACAUGUGAGUUGAAAUGGGGUGGACGCAAUCAAGAAGGCGCUGGCAAUACCAUUGGUGAGGAAGUGGAGCAGGUAAAUAGCUUCCUGUCCAGGGCUGCUAUCUCCACAAAAUACAUGUCUAAAGGUGGAAGAACAGACAUGCUCACAGUUCUGGCAAUGGGGUGGAACAAAAAGAAAAUGAGUAACAUGGACAAAAUAUUGGCCCAAAGAUAUGCUAAGGCCGUCCAGAGAGUGGCAGAUGAUAAGCUUAAGCUGGAGGAGCUCAAAGCUGAGGUAAGGAUUGAUGAUGCUGUUAUCCAACAGUGGGUCACUGAGGUGCAACACUGGCCUGAAGCAAAUUCUAGUUUGGAGGGUGAAGCCUCAAGGGAGGUCAUCCUGAAGAAGAAAAUUGAAGGACUGUACCUUAGUGUCAUGCAGAGGAAACAUCGCCUUUACCGUCAGACAGACAGCAACAAGAGACGAUAUAAGUUGCGCCAGAAAAUUGCAGAGGAAAAGGCAGCUUUAUCUUCUGCUAUUGAAGAGCUACGUGAACAGACGGACAUCAUUCUGCCUGCUGUUGAUGAGCUUCUCUUGACUGAAAAUUUUGUUGUCUAUGGGUGUAACUGCAUUGGGCAGCAACCAGUUGGGAAGACUUUGACCAAUCAUAGUGGUAGUUUUAAACUCUUCAAACAGGCUACAAGCGGAGAGCCGUCAAAACGAAAGUAA